GUAGGUAGAACGAAGAUUGAAGUUAAAUAAAUGGCGCAUAAUGGAAACCGUCCCGAGGUGAGGAAAGUCCUGCAUCAGUAGUAAACACAGCAGUCUUCGCCAAGGUCGUCCUCGUCGCCUCGUGCCCGCCAAACCACGCCCUUAAGAAGAUGAGGCAAGGUGUGUGAGGAUGACAGCUUUGUACGCGUGGGGUGCCAACAGCCACGGGCAGCUGGGCCUUGGCUAUGUCAGCGAACAGGUCACGCUGCCGACCCGAGUGGAGGAACUGCCUGACCACCUGAGUGAGCCGUCCAUUCAGUCUGCUGUGGGUGGCGGGGGACACACCUUCCUGCUCACCGCUCAGGGCCGCCUCUUUGGGGCCGGAUGGAAUGCCAGUGGACAGGUUGGCAAUGGCACUCAGGGGCGAGCAGUGCCAAUGUUCCAGCUGAUCCGAGGCCUGGAGGGACACCAGGUGGUUUCAGUGGCCUGUGGGUGGGCACACUCCAUUGCCCUCAGUCAGUCUGGGCAAGUUUGGGUCUGGGGCUCUAACAGCCAUGGUCAGCUGGGGCUUCCCAAGGAAGAGGUGCCUUUCACAAGCCUUCCAAUCAGUCUCAACCUGACCAAUGUGGUGAGUGUGUCGGCUGGCUUGCGCCACACGGCCGUGGCCACACGCGAUGGCCGGGCGUACACCUGGGGCCAUGGACACCGCGGGCAGCUGGGCCACAUUGACAGCGACGGCCAGCUGGUGAAGCAGCAGCCUACACCGAGAGUUGUGGACCAUGUGGAAGGCGUGGUGAUGAGUGUUGCCUGCGGCCAGAACACCACGUAUGCCCUGACAGAUGAGGGUCAGGUGCUUGCCUGGGGGGACAACAAGUGGGGGCAGCUGGCACAUGACCCAAGGAAUGUAGCGUACUUCACCUGCCCUCUCACCAUCCCCCACAACUACUUUGGAGGGAAGCGUGUGCUGUGGCUGCGGGCUGGGUGGACUCACUGUGUGGCCGGGGCAACUAAUGGGUCUGUCUACGUGUGGGGCCGAGCAGACUAUGGGCAGCUGGGACCCUCAGAGGAGGAGAAGGACGACUCAAGUUCAGACACUGCAGCGAAUGAGGAGCAUAGUAAACGGUGCAGGUACAUCCCAAGCAAGCUGUGCAUCAGCAAGAGGAUAAAGGCUGUGGUGUGUGGCUCAGAGCACAACCUGUCCAUGGUGGAAGAGACAGCCAAGGAGUGCGCCCUUUACUCCUGGGGCUGGAACGAGCAUGGUAACUGCGGGGACGGCACCACCACCAACCUGCACCAGCCUCGGGUCAUCGCGCUGCCUGGCCUUGUGAGGGUCAUUGGUGCUGGGUCGGGUCACUCCUUCGCCCUCGUCAAGCUUUCUUAAUCCUGGGAGUUCAGUUGGUUUGUUUCUCUCUGUCUCACUUGAUAUUUUGUUGUUCAUCUUGCUUGUCAUUUCUUUCUUUCUGAAUUCGGUGGUUUGUUUCUUCUUGUUUUGAUCUUUGUGUUUUUUUCUGUUUCUUCGCCUUUCUUAUUUUCUCUUUGUUUUUUGUGAUCUCUUGUCCAGAUAUUGUUUCCUCCUAUUUCUUUAUUUCCUUUUGUUUCCUCCUUGAUUUGCUAUCUUUUGUCUCUGUUCUUCCCUUCACUUUUUUUUUCUCCAUAAUUCAUUGUCCUAGUUUUGUCUUCUUUUUUUUUUUUUUCUUAAUUCAUUGUCUUCUUGUUUUCAUCUAUAUUUUGUUUCCUCCUUUCUUCCUUUUCUGUAUUUUUGUUCUUACUCUCUACAUUUUCUAACAUUCUUCCUUAAUUCACCAUUUCAAAAUUCUGUAUUGCUGUUGCUAUUCUUCCUCUCUCUGACUUGACAUUUUUAACACCAUUGGGUCUAACUGUAACCUCCUUUUCCCAUCUCACAACAUUGAUCUUUCCCUUUCCAUCUUGAUUAUUUUAGCAGUCAAGCUCCUUUAGAAACAAGAACUCCCCUUUUCAUUACCUACAUCAACACAACUAACUGGGUCUCAUAACUCCCUUUAACUCCCCUGAAUAAUUCACAUGUGCUUCUGACUACACCUCCUAUAUGCUUGUAUUGAAGAGGGAAGGUGGAUUUGGAUUUGGUCAGUCAUUACCCAACAUGCAUCACUCCCUCCCUGGUUUAUCUCUCACCUGGUAUAGUCAAACAUUCGCAGGUGUUUUAACGAAGCAUUCUCAGGGGGGAGGCUGUUCUCUCACUUGUCAUUGUUCUCUUAUGCAUAUAGGUAUGUACUCCCACAUUGAUUAUUGUAUUGGAUGCUUCACUUGAAUUGGAUGCUUCACUUGAGAGGUCCUGCUCAUUUCACUUCAAGGGUCAUCUUUUUGUUUUAUCUGUGUGUGUGUGUGUGUGUGUGUGUGUGUGUAUUUCUCUCUCUCUUUCUCUCUGGUCUUUUCUUCUUGUCUUGCUUUUUGAAGUUCAUAUUCAGCUUGUUUAAUUUUUUGUUUUUAUUUUGUGAUUCUAUUUCAUGUAUUUAGCAACUCAGUGUAGAUCUUUCCCAGAUGCAAUGUUGUGUCAGGAUUUGGAGGUAUGCGAUAUUAUCCUCGUGUGUGUGUGUGUGUGUGUGUGUGUGUGUGUGUGUGUGUGUAUGCAAGGAGGAGAAGAAGAGUAAGGAAGUCUCCAUGCUGUGCUGAUCAGCAUUGAGAAAAUCUUUAAAGUUUUACCCUCUACAGGGAAAGUUUAUAAUAAUUAUCAUCAUUACUUUUCACAAUUUUUUCAUCCCACGACACUUCCCGUCAUGAUGUUGCUCCUUGAUUCAGUUUGGGUUUGCACAUUAUUGCAAAGUUUUGAAAGGUUUUAUCCUCUGCUGGCAACAUUUAUUAUUAUCAUUGCUAUUUUUUAAUGAAAUUUUUCAUCCCAUGACACAUCCAUCAUGAUACUGCUUCUAGAUUCAGUUUGGAUUUCCACGUUGUCAUGAGAGAUUGAAAGGUUUUACUCUCAGCUGUAAACAUCUAUUAUCAUCACUAUAUUUUACACAAUUUUCCAUCACACGAUACUUCCCAUCACGAGCCUGGCACUCCAGCAGGAAGUGUGUAGGGUGAUGCUAAACAGGUUCUGUUGCUUCAUGUGGGAUGUGGUAAUGCUAGUGAGAGCCUUAAUGAAUAAAGAAAAAAUAAAAAAAAAUAAAAAGCAUCACUGGAGAACAAGAACACGCACAACCAGUGUGUAAAAAAUCUUUUGAUAUAGCUGAACUUCUUUUGUAUGCCAUAAACAAUUUGCAGAUUAGGGAUAAGAGAAGAACAUUUGUAUUACUUCUUUUGUAGUUCAUGAGUGAUGUGCACAUUAGGAGCAUCGUUUUUUUAAAUCUCGGGUUAAUCUCGUCUGCGCUGUGCAUACUGGAGUGCUGUCACCUUGGCCCUGAACAUUGAACAUGUUUAGGAAACAUUACGAAACAUUACACUACCUGAACACUGCAGAGAUGAGACCAUGAGGGUGCUGGAGACGAGAACUGACAUGACUCACAAUCUAUAUUUCUCUUACUGCUCUGGGUGUCCUUCCUUAACCUCCCUGUAAAAAACUGUUCACAUGGAGACACAGGAGAGAAAGCGAGAAAAUGUAAGGUUAAUUUUGCCUUUUUACACUAUGGAAAUGUUUAUGAGGGUGUUGCACAAAAAUUAUGUGUAAAAAGCUAUAGGUAUUUGAAGAGGUAAUUUUGUCAUCCAUGCAGUUUCGUUUGGUUCAUUACAGAGUAUUUGAGCUCCUCUGUUAUUCACCUUGAAAUUUUAGUCUAAACUUGUACAACAACUCUUUAACUUAAGAAUUCAAAGCUCUGGAACUCUCUCCCUGCUUCCGUAUUUCCCCCUUCCUAAGCUUUUUCAAGAGGGAAGUUUCAAGACACUUAUCAUCCAAUUUUGAUAACCCCUCUGGCUUUUAUCUUUUGGGACUGGCACCUCAUUGGGCUCUUUUUCCCCUUUUCAUUGCCCAGGACCAGUUCCACUCUUACUUAAAAAAUAAGAGCAAGUGUGCAGCCCAAUGCAAUAACUCGGUGUUUGGCGGUCUCUCUUCACCGCCAGACAGAUUCUAGUGGCAGUGAGGCAGGUGCUAAUCCCAAUGGCAGGAAUGUAGGACUUUGUAUCUUGGAGUCCUGGGCGGUGAUGUAUGAUAGAGGACCUUUGCGACUUUUACUUGGGGUCUGUACUACAUGAUGGCUGCAGGAAAUGAGUCUAAUUCUUAUUUAUAUUUCUCCUAUUCAUACGUGUGCUUGUGUCUCCCGUGUACCUGUGUGUGUGUGUGUGUGUGUGUGUGUGUGUGAGUGUGUGUGUGUGCUUGCCGCUAUCUGUUGACUGUACCAAACUAGCUACCCACAUAGGGCUGCCAGUAAGCUGAGAAGUACUUAAUACAUUUCAUUACCAAAGUGCUGAUCUAUAUAUGCUAUGACUUGCCUCUUUUUAAUGUUCACUGUGGCUCUUGUCUCAGAAUCAUUGCUUUUUAUUACAUUUACAUUCAUUUUCAAGGUGAUCUGAGUGAUUGUAGUUAACCUUGAACUGUUAACACUCAUUUACUCUUGAGGAACUUAUUUCCCAACACUCUCGUUAUGGACACUCGAGGCAGUAUGUGAUGUCUCAUUUUUGGUUACGCUACUCUUGAGGAACCUGUCAUAACAUCCAUUAAUUCCCUGACACUUGAUGCACUCUAUGAUGUCCUAUUGUUGGUCUUACUUCCAUAAAUUUGUUCAUCACAUCAUUGCUCUUCCUUCAGUAUAAUAGGAGAUAAUGGUGUUUCUAGUCUCUCUCUCUCUCUCUCUCUCUCUCUCUCUCUCUCUCUCUCUCUCUCUCUCUCUCUCUCUCUUAAAACUUUCAUCAGGCAGUCUUUUUAGUUUAUUAAAACUUUCAUCAGGCAGUCUUUUUAGUUUUAGCUCUGACAGUGGGAAUUCUCAUCUUCUCACGUCUCCCAUGACUACAGUGAGGCUUCCUUGGCUUUCCGAGAGGCGCUCCUCACCCCUAGAAUUCUUAAAUGUCCCUUAGUUUAUACUUUCCCUUCACUCUGCUGAUGGGAACAAUAUUCACAUUCUCACCUCCCCUCAUGAUAAAGUGAGAGGCACGACAAGAGCUUCUCCUCUCUCAUUACUCUCACGUGGCACUCUUUAGAUGCCUCCUAGUUUCACUUGCCUCACCUCCCACCACUGUACUAGUUCUCCACACAUCCAGAACCUUGUGAUGCCACUCCACCCGUAGUGUAGCUGCCAACUUAGUCAAGAGGCCAUGAGAGGGCAUCACUGAGCCCAACAACAUAGGUUAUAUACACAUACUAUAUAUAAACACAUGCUUUUUUUCCUCUCUCUCUCAGUCCAUUAACAGGAGAAUGGUUACUUAUCUGGCAUGUGAGGAAUGUCCAAGUGUUAACAGGAAUGCUUCAUGGGGCAGCCAAUUGUUCCUGGCAGUCGUGGUGAUAAAGAGAUGGUGUUUUUUCUUUCAUCAUGGGUUAUUUUGUAGGAGUCUAGUGAGCUGUGACUUUUAUGACAUGAAUAGCAAAAAACCCUACCAAGAGUUGUUGACGAGAGUCCAUGACACCUCCACCGGGCAGUGUGUGUUGCUCCCGGACACACUGCACUGCUAGCUACACCGCCUGUGGCGCCGCCAGCCUACCGCACACCUCUGAUGACAGUUCAUGUCAGUCACAUGUCAAGGAAAGUUGUAUCAUUAUGUAUAACAAAUCACUUGUUGUUGUUUAUGAUGCUGUAGGUGAAAACCUUUGCUUUCCCUGAUGUGUGAGGCAAGGUGUGUCAUCAGGUGCCUGCCUGGGCAUGCUGGUGCCUCAGGUGGCCAGUUGUUGACCUCAGGAAGAUACAUCUUGCUGUGGAUAGGAAGUUUUGUGAUAAAUAUAUACAUAUAUAUAUAAAUAUAUGAUUCUCAGCAUAUGGAGAAACUGUAUAAUUUUUUAAUGAAAUUUUUGUAUUGUACGUUUUAUCAAAUGUGCCGUUGGAACUGUUGGGAGGCAAAGGCAGGGCAAGCUGGCUGCUGCUGCUGCUGCUGCUGCUGUCAGUCAUGUCCGGCCGGGCACCACAGGUCCUCAGUCAUGCAUUUGCUAUCCUCCUCAUUUAAGGUGAACUGCCUGCUGCUUUGUACAGCAAGUGACAUAAUGACCCUCCAAACACGGGUGAAGACUCAGUACCUGCACACUCCCUCACCCUCCUUGAGAGUGAGGCAGUGGGCAGCACAGGGUGGCCACGAGGAGCACAGCACCAUGCAGCAUGAUGUGCACAGCUUCAGGCACCACUUGGCUCUGAGUUGAGCUUCACUGGUCACAGUGGACAGAUGUACCAGUCACUUGCUGUACAAUGAGACCAUUUAUAUGGGUAUCAUUAGAUGUGCUCCUCAUUAUACUUGUUUGCCAUAAGUUAGUUUGCCUAGCUGUCUUUUGUGUGAUUCCAAGCUUUAUUCUUUAUUCUUAUUUUGUGUUCCCUUCUGCAAGCAGUGUUUCUGCACUCUCAGGUCUCCGCCAGACAAUCGAAAUGUUGUGUGUGACAUACAGCAGAUGCAUCACUCUUGUGAGCCACAUGAGUGACUCCUGGGGUGUGUCAUGCAUAUGAGGAGAGCCUGAGGUGCCAGCAGAGGAGUGGCCCUGUGGCAGCAGAGUGCCGCAGGGAUGCCAUGUAGUGGAGUGGCUCCACCAUCACCACCACUGCCAUCUCUGCAUCUCAGAUCAUAAGAGGAAGGAGACAUUUGGUUGAUUUGCUUUAAGAAUUCAUUUGAUAUAUCUUGCCACUUGUACUGUUAUUAUGUCGUAUUAGGAAAUAACUAGAAGUGAAUUGUAUCAAAUGCUCAGUGUGUUUUGGAGACAGGAUUUUGUACUCUGUGCCUCCUGGGGUCUUUACAAGGGCAGGGGUUUGGGUCUCUUAGGCUGGAAGAAAUCUUUGGCCAAAUAUAAUUUUUUUGUGUGUGAAGAGAUGGGAACUUUCUUUUUUUGACAUUGUAUUGUAAGAAGUGAAGAAUGCAUUUGGGAAUAAAAGGGAAGAGCAAA